GUCCGAACGCGGGGGCGCAUCCACCGCCAAUCACCCCACAUGAUUCACUACCCCGGAAAUGAUACCGGCUCAGGCCAACCCCUCUGAGAGAAAAUCUGAUAUGCAAACUGGAGUGUCUGCAAACUGUCUUAAAGAACUGAAUCCCAAGGAAAACCUUUGCGACAAGCUACAUCUUAUUGUGCACGUCUCUUCCUUCACCGAUCACCGUCGCAAUUCCCAAGAGUCGAGCGAUAUGGCCACUCCAUCAAGGAGGAUCAUCACACAUCCCAACGGCCAAACAACCCACGUCUUCGACGACGACUUUACCGACCCAUGGAUACCCCGUGAGACCAUUGUUAUUCAGCAUGGAUUUGCUCGUCAUGGUGCCUUUUGGUACCACUGGGUUCCGUUCCUCGCUCGACGUUAUCGCGUAAUCCGUCGUGAUGCUCGAGGACACGGCCGUUCCAGUUAUCCUCGGCCAGGAGACAAUUACGACUACUCAGUUGAGACAGUCGUUGGAGAAAUCAUAGAUACUCUAGACCAGCUAAGACUAUCCAAGGUACAUUUCCUAGGCGAGAGCACAAGCGGAUUCGUCGGCGAGAUCCUAGCAGCGAAGCAUCCCGAGCGUCUCCACAGCCUGAUCAUUUGUUCCAGUCCUGCGUAUCUACCUGACGCAGCGUUAUCAUUGUUCUCGUUUGGCCACUCAAGUUGGCCAGCUGCAUGCCGAACCCUGGGCUCUCGAGGGUGGGCAGAGGCGUUGUCAAAAGUGCCUGGCACAGUCUCCAUACCGGAUCCUGCGUAUAUUCAGUGGUGGAUUGACCAGGUUGCCCUAUCAACUGGGGAAGGUCUUGCAGGUUAUGCGGAGUUUUUGUCAAAAGCCGACGCGCGUCCAUAUCUGGAGAAGAUUCGGGUUCCUAUGCUCAUUCUGGCCCCAGCAAGAAGCGCGGCAACGAAGUUAGAAGAGCAACGUGCAAUUCAGGCCCAAGUCGUCAAUUCUCAGCUAGUAGUAAUUGAUGGGCAAGGCCAUGAGAUCUAUGUUGAAAUGGCAGAAGAGUGUCAAAAAGCUGUGGACACGUUUCUGUCAGGUCUGUCUCGCUGAUCGCGGGCAAUGAUCGCGAAUAACGCUGUAUUGUAAUUAAGCUUCAUCUCAAACCGAGGCAACGUCCAAGAUGACGCCAUAAAUGCUUGCGUUACUGCGAAUCAAAAGCCUUACAAAUCCGAAACCAGAUCGUUCAGCUUUAAUGAUAUUUCGUCCUUCUGAUUUGAGUUCGUUA